UCAAUGAAAAAAUAUUCUUGGGUGAGGAUUUAAGAAAAAAAAAAAAGGAAGAUGGAGUGACUCACUGAAUUCCCAGAGGUGGGAGCUAGGGAGGCUGGGGCAGCUGAGGCGAGGUUCUCAGCGGACGGAGUGGGCUGGGCUGGGACAGUGGGCAGCAGGGGCACAGGACAGUGUGUCCCGAGCUGACGGGACACGGAUCGCUGGAUGGCAGCAGAGGUCCCCCAGGGGGCAACUUGGGGUGAGUGUGGAGAGCGCUGGCCUGCAGGGAGAGCCGGUCAGCCAGGCCUCUGGCCGCUGUGGAGCGAGAAGGCAGGGCCAGACUGGACGCCGGUGCUGUUCUCAGCCUGAGCUGAGGCUGGACCUGGGACCUGGGACGGGACUGAUGGGGGGCCAGAGAGCAGGCCGCACGCCCUGAGCUGCUUUGAGGUGUCACUUACAUGCCAUAAACGGCACCUGCACACAUUCAAUGGCGUGUAACCAGUUCACAGGCUGCUGCAGCCUCAGUCCACAAAAGUUCCCUCGUGCGCCGCCCCGGGCCUCCAGGCCCAGCCGCCCGCCCCGUCCCUGCACCCGCGCGUUUCCGGACACGUGCGGACGGUGCACGGACGGGGCAGCACGAGUGCCUCCGGGAUGGGCUCCCGCACAGCCGGCCGCCUGGGCUGCGGGUGCACAGAGCCGCGGUGACUUCCGUGUCCGUGGGCACCGUCUCAGGCUCCGGGACGGGCUGUCGGGGGAACACGCGGCCGCCCACCCGCUUUCCCAGGCGCCCGCACUCUGGCGGCUGCUCUUCCGCGUGCUCUCGCUGCUGCGGGCUGACCGCGCCUCGGCCUCGCGCGCCCCGGAGGCCCAGGCCCGCUGGGUGAAGGCGGCGCUGCGCGCCCAGGGCUACCCCCGGCUCGGGCUGGCUCGGCUCCCCGAGGACGGGUCCCAGGGCAGCCGCGAGCUGCUCCUGGCCCUCGCCUGGCUCCUGGCCCGGGAGCCCCUGCCCGAGCGGCUGCUGGCCCAGACCCGCGUGCGGCUGGGCGACGAGAUGCCUGUGUGUGAGUGUGGGGCCCUGGCCAGCCCUGGCCAGCCUGCACCGCGGGUGGACACCGCCGGCCCUGUGGACGUGCGCCGCCUGCAGUGGCUGAUGGGAAAGCUGCGAUUUCGGUGGCGAAACUUGAUGGCCAGUCAGCAGGAGCAGUGCGCCCUCCUGGGCAAGAUCCACGCGUACACCCGUGGCUGCCACGGCGACCGCAGCCUCGGCCACCUGUCUGUCGCCGAAACGGAGCUGCUCAGGGACCCGGAGGGCGGCCGGCAGCUGCUGCAGAGGCUGGAGAGCGAGAACGCCCGCCUAGAGGCUGCGCUGGAGUGGCGGCGGCGGGAGCUGGUCUUCUGGCAGUGGAUGGACACGGUCCUGGGGGCCUGCCCCCCGGAGGCCUCGCAGCCCACGUUCCCGCCCCGUCUCCGAGGGCGUGGGCGCAGGGCCGGUGCAUGGGGCCCGGUGGCAUGGGAGCUGCAGGCCCUGCAGGAGGAGCUCCAGGCGGCAGUGGGAGCCCGGCGGGCGGCCUGGGCGGCCAGGGUCGGAGGCCAGGGGCCGGAGUGGAGCGCCGCUCGGCAGGCUGCACAGGAGGCCGUGGGCCGGGAGCUGGCAGCCCUGCGGCAGGCCUGGGCGCGAGGUGGGGGCCGGGCCCAGCCCCACAGGCCCCACCGGCUGGUGAGGACCGAGGCUGGGGGGCCAGGGGGCCCGGGCCUGCGGGCUGCUGAGGUGAUCGGGGUGCUGAGGAGCCGGGAGGCCUGCCUGGAGGAGAUGCUGUGCCAGCUCCAGGAGCAGUGCCGGCAGCAGCUGGCCAGGCUGGCGGGAGCCCUGCCUGGCCUCAUCUGGAUCCCGCCGCCCAGACGCUGAGGCCCUGCUGCGUGGCCGUGGGGCCCACGGAGGAGCGGCACCCUGGGCUCCGGCCCUGGCCCCUCCCUGCUUUGGACAGAGCUCAGCCCCUCGGCACCAGUAGUGGGAGCGGCAUGGGCGUCCCCCCGCCUGGGUCAGGACACGUCCAGCGCAGGGGCCGUGGGCUUGGUGGGUCGAGCGAGGACUCAGAAGCGGAGACCUCCCUGCAAGGCCCAGCUAACGGCCGUCCCUGUCUGGACACGGGUGGGGAGGGACCCUGGGCAGUGGGGGCCAGAGGAGCCGGGCGUUGGAGCGACAGGUGUGGCCUGUAGCCCGGGUGGUGCCAGGGCCCUGGGGGCAGGCAUUGCCCUGGGCGCCCCCUGGCUGUCUGCUGUCCCUCAUCCUGGCUGCCAUGCCACCUGGGCUGGGCCUGCGCCUGGUGUUUGUGGGGGCCAUGGGAGCUGGGGCGGGGCCUGCGCCUGGUGUUUGCGGAGGCGCAUGGGAGCUGGGGCGGGGGCAGCGCCGGGUGAGGGGGAGGCCACCGUGGACAGAGGGGCUUUGUGCCUGAGGCUGCUGGCCCUGACAAAGAGACAUCUGUGUGCGGGACGUGCCACUGCUGGAACCCCUCCCCGGAGACGCAGGCAGCCUCAGCCCUGUCCCCCAGCAGCCCCCCACCUCCCAGGGCCGUCGAAUCCCAGAUCCCCACCUGCUGCUGGGCAGGUGAAGGGCCGGUGGGUAGGCUACCUCCUGCUGCUGCCACUGGCCAGCUCAGGUCCAAGGCCACUCCUGGGCCUCUGGCCCCACCCCCUCCUAGUCUCAUCAGCUUCUCCUGCCUGCCCGGGGUGGGGGAGGGG